UGAACCGAGGCCCGCGGCCCGGGUAUGCGCGUGCGCAGUGCAGAGCGGUGGGCGAGCGGGCCCUAGCAGUUCAGCGACUGCGUAAGGCACGAGAACCAACCGGCCGACGCUGGUACUGAUGCUGGCUGCCCGCUGCGACCUAGGCCUGGGUCAGUGAGGAGCCCUCGGUCCGGCUCGGCCGCCGCCGCUUUUCUCACACGCUGCGCUAGUUUGGAACCGGCCGGUGUGCGAGUCGAGGCCCAGGCUGGGUGCGAGCUUCUACUCUGCGCCCCGCUGGCUGAGGUGAAGGACAGCCCUUUGACCACCGAGCCACAAGGAUUAAAGGACAGAAAAGGUUUUCUAUCAGAGAUGUUCCACUGUAAUAAUGCUGGGUAACCCAAGUCUGUUUCUGGAACCAUGAAAGUUUUGUUGGUGUUUGACUUUGACAAUACAAUCAUAGACGACAACAGUGACACCUGGAUUGUACAGUGUGCUCCAGACAAAAAGCUUCCCAUUGAGCUACAAGAUUCUUAUCAAAAGGGGCUUUGGACAGAAUUUAUGGGCAGAGUCUUUAAAUAUUUGAGAGAUGAGGGGGUAAAAGCAGAUGAACUGAAGAGGGCAGUGACGUCACUGCCCUUCACCUCAGGGAUGAUAGAACUUCUCAACUUCCUGAGGAUGAAUAAGGACAGAUUUGACUGCAUCAUCAUUUCAGAUUCAAAUUCCAUCUUCAUAGACUGGGUUCUAGAAGCUGCUGCCUUUCACGAUGUCUUUGAUCACGUGUUUACCAAUCCAGCAUCCUUUGAUAGCAGUGGUCGUCUCACAGUGAAAAAUUACCAUGCUCAUUCUUGCACUAGGUGCCCAAAGAAUCUUUGCAAAAAUACAGUUUUGGGAGAAUUUAUAGAUAAACAGUUAAAAAAGGGCGUGAGAUAUACACAGAUUGUUUAUAUAGGUGAUGGUGGAAAUGAUGUCUGCCCAGUAACUUUUUUAAAGAAAAAUGAUGUUGCCAUGCCACGGGAAGGAUAUACUUUACAUAGAACUCUUGCCAAAAUGUCUCAAAAUCUUGAGCCUAUGGAAUCUUCUAUUGUAGUUUGGUCUUCAGGUGUUGAAAUAAUUUCUCAUUUACAAUUUCUAACAAAGAUGUGAUGUGCCAACAAUUGAAAGGUGUGUUAGUUGAGGUUGGGCUCGGCAACAUAAAACUAAAUUCCCAAUAUUAGAACCUUUAAAAAUGUGAGAGGUUUUCCUCUUUAAAGAAUUCUGGUGGUAUGUCAAGCCCAGUUUGUUGCUCAGCCAACCUGAGCUUCUGCUUCUAACCCGUGGUUUGAAAUUGAUUUCUAAAGCUCAAGUCCUCACAACAGACAUUGUGACCAGCAAGAACCAGGGCCAUAGGAUUUUUACCCUUUGUUCAAGAAUGUUUUCCAAUUGUACCAAACAGUUCUGUUUGAAUACCACUAGCCAAAACCUGGUCAGAGCCUUCCCUAACUGCACAGGUGGUAAAUAGCAGCUUUCAUUCCAGGUAGUCCUAUGCCCAGGAAAAAGAGGAAAAACAAAAUACAUAAUUGAGGUAUGUGGAACUCAUAGUCUAUACUAAGGAUGGUUAAUAGAUUGUUUUGUUUUGUUUUUAUUUCUGAAGAAAGUGGCUUUAUUUUACUUUUUACGCAAUAGUUACAAAUGUUGAAAGUAGCUCAUGAGCUCUCUUCCCCUGAUGUCAAGUCAUGCAGAGACUCAAGUGUGUUCAGGAUUCAGCUUCACCCACAACCCGCUAGGACUGAGGAAGGCAUUAUUGAUGGAGGUGUAAUGGAUACUUACUGCCUAACAGAAGCACUGAAGACUGCCUUCAUUCAAGAGGGCCCAGCAUGGGGAUCAAAGCCUUGAAUCAUCGCUGCCAAAGCCUUAGGCAAGUGCAUGCUUGAACCCUCUUGUGAUGAGCGUCAAGUUGGUGGAGAAGCUUUGUGCUGAGCCUGAAGAUCAACCUAAUCAGCAUCUGUGAAAAAAGGAGAGAAAACCCUAUAGACGUGGUUGUGGUGUGUUAAGGAUGCCAAUUGAAGACUACUUCAAACGCAAGAAAUAAAACUGGCUUUAUUUUCUCAACAACAACAAAAAGCCUGAUACUUUCUGCACAUGAGAAUAAAAAGCUCUUAAAUGUAUAUGUCUUCUGAAAUCUGUUUUUAAAACAAGGGUGCAGUAUUUUACAUUUUAUUUGUGUGAGGUUGAGGCAUGCCACGGUACAUGUGUGGAGAUCAGAAGAUAGCUUAUGGAAGUUGGUUCUCAUUCCACCAUGUGUGUCCCAGGGAUCAAACUCA